AUGUGGGUCAGGACGACAGUGACGAUCGAAAGAUGGGUUGAGGAAAAGAGUGGGAACAAGAUCAAGAGCUGGGAAGAGAGCGAGAGCGAGGAUAUAAACAGGUUGCCCAGCUGGGAGAGAGGACAUCUGUCUGGUGUGACAUCCAAUACUGACACAUCUACCUUCUCCUCUGAAGGUGACUUAAAGGAAACUGACAGUUGCUGUUGGAAACACAAGCAGUGUGCGGGGCACAUCAUUCACCCCUUAAUCUCCGACUGCGGUCACUGCAAGCUACACCUGCAUGCUGUUAAUCACUGCGACUGUGAUUCUCGGGUGAAGGAAUGCUCAGAGAAGACAAACAGCAGCAGCUCACAAGAUGCGGGCCAAACCUGCUCCCGAGACGGGGCCCCAGCCUGCUUCAGGAUCAUCCAGAACCCAUGCUUUGAGCUCAUCCCAGAGGAAGAGUGUGUGGAACGCAUCUGGUAUGGAUGGUGCAAAAGCUACAGGCCGGUCUCGGUGGCAGUGAUCCAUCACCCCAUCCACCAUGAGUUUGUAGAUGACCUCAAUGAAGAAGAGGAAGAAAGGAAGCCUCCCAUCCCAACUCAGGUGGGGCCCACCACCAAGACCCUUGACACAACCACUGGUGCAGGCACUGGCACCGCCACAGGGACCCCUGACUCAGCAGCUCCCAUCACCAUCUGGCGCUCAGACAGCCCCACAGAGAAAGGCCAGGGCAACAAGGUGAUCAAGAAGGUAAAGAAGAAAAAGGGAAAGGAGAAAGAUGAGGAGUCGUCAGACAAGGAUAAGGCAAAGCUGAAGAAGAAAAUCAAGAAGAACAAGGUGACUAAGAAAAAAAGCCCAGUGAAGUCGGAAACUUCACCUCCAGACUUAGGUCGAACGCUAAGCCCAAGAGAGCUGGCCAGGAUGUCAGAGUCGAGCCCAGACAGCCGGGAAGACCUGGACACCGAGGACAGCUACAGUGACCCCAGACGGAAGGAGCCCUCCAGUGAGGAGAUGGUGGAGACAGUAUCAUCCAGGAAGAAAGAGAAGAGCACCAACCAGAACAAGAAGUGCAAUGGCAAGGCCUCCCAAGGCAAGAAGGUAACCAAGAGGAAAUCUCCCCCAACUUCAAACCCCAACUUCAGCUGA